UUGCCAAUAUUUUCGCAUUAAUUCCCCCCACAAAAACACAUUGAUGACCGUUAGUUUUCUUAUCACUUCUCCCAAACACACCCCUCUCCCACCAACAACCGAUAUGGUUUCCUCUUUGCUCAAUGCUUCUCUUACUAAGCCAUCACGCAUUUCCUCAAACAGAUUCGCAAUCCCUUCUCAGCCUUUACAGGAAAAGUUCCUUCCAAUUUUGUCGUUCAAGAGGAAAACAGAGCACUCAAAACCCACAAAAAAUAGGCAAGAAUGUGCGCGCUCGCCGGCCCUUAUGCGGACAAUGUCUCAGAAAUCUGUGAUUCCCGUAGCUGCCGCUGUGGCUAUUGUUUUAUGGACUAAUCCAGCUCAUGCUGGUUUUCUUUCGGGCUUCUCUGGGAUAGAAUCAGUUCCCGGUCCUCAAUUGCCUCAGGUCGAUUUUCUCAAUCGAUUCAACGAGGAAAAUCAAAAAAGAUAUGCGGAAAAUGAUGCAAGGUUCAAAGAGUCUCCCCUCCUGAAAAAGUUGCUAGAGAAAACUAAGUUAAACAAGGACAAGAACCGGCAAGAAAUUCUUGACAAAUACUGCAUUAGGGGAGCUGAGUGGGGUGUUGGGGAUUGCUCGGCUGAAGCCAUGUCUCCGGAAGAUAGGGAGAAUUUUAUUGCAAUGUUGAAGAAGAAGGCCGGUGUAGAAUAAGAGUUCCGAUUCUACUACUUUGAUUAGAUGCAAAGAGUUAACAAGUGAAGGGCUGUUAGACAAUGCCACAACUUCAAAUACUUUGCUUUAACGAACCAGACUUUACAUGAGUAUCGAUCUUGAGCUACCACCGGCAUCAAGAUCACACGUAAAGCGUUCAGGAGGGGAAAGGCGCAUCACACGCAAGUGUCAGUUUGGCGAUAUCCCGACACAGUAAGUGAUCAGGUAUGCACCUUACGACAGAUGUACGUAAAGGGAAUGGAAAUUUCGACAGAUUUCUGUAGGUUAGCUUCUUCGCUUUGUGCUUGACCUUCAUUUUCUUGUUUGAAUGGAGCUUUUGCCUCUUAGUUAUCUUGUA